AUGAAUUCUGGUGACACACCUUCGCAGCAUUUUGACUUUCUCUUACAACGACAGUUGCAGAAUCAACAAAAACAACAAACGCAUCAUCAUUCUCAUCAAUCUCAGUCAUAUCAACAAUUAGAUUCACCUCUUACAUAUUAUACGCAUCAAAACGGUGGUGAGUUUAAAAAUUUCACAGAUUCUGAUAAUGUACUACGAGAGAAUCCAAUAUUAAAUGUUGGUCCAGCAUUAGCCAGAAACGAACAAUCACAACAGUUGCCAACUAAUACCAAUAGCGCUAAUCAUGACACAUACGUGAAAAGUGAACCCAUAGAUAUAUCUUUCAUGACACCACCUUCCAAUCUUAGUUCAAUCACAAAUUGGAAUGAUAGCCCUUCUUUAUCUAUUACGAAUAACAGUAAAGAUAGUAAAGCAAAGAAAAAAGCUCAGAAUAGAGCGGCACAGAAAGCAUUUAGAGAAAGGAAAGAGGCAAGACUGAAAGAAUUGGAAACUAAAUUAAUGGCAAGUGAAAGAGAUAGAAAAACCUUACUGAAAGAAAUUGAAGAAUUGAGGAAAUUAAAUAUGGAAAUAAAUGCAGAGAAUAGAAUUCUAUUACAGAAGAACAAUAAUUCAAACUCAAAUGUCCCCGGUUUAUUGAUCGCUGAUAAUCUCAGUAAUAGUGACGCCAUGGACGACAAUUUUACAAAUUCAAAAUAUUCUUUCCCCAGUGAAGAUGAAUUCUUCAAAAGAGUCUUAGCCGAUAAUAAAAAUACAAAAGAUCAAAACGUUUCACAAAAUGCUCGAUAUACAGAUGAAUCAGGAAGACAACUGUUAACAGUUCCGGCAACUUGGGAAUAUUUAAACAAAAAAUCUGAAGAGAAAGAUUUCGAUGUUUCAUACGUAAUGCAACGUCUAAAGGGUAAUGAAGCUUGUGAUGAAUACGGCCCCGCUUAUCCUAGAAGCUUGAUUGAUAUGAUUCUUAACGAUGCUACUAUAAUACCAUAA